UUAUCGAUAACGCCUCCUCCAACAGCUGUAUUUUGAGCCAACAGCUGUUUUCUUAUACGCAUUUGCCGGGUUUAUAAAUAAAAAAUAUAGCCUCAACUAUUUCUAAGUUGAUUACCAAUUAAUGUUAAAAUGAACAAAGCCUCCAGACUCUUCUGCCCAGCUCUGAUAACUCCCAAAAAUGCAGUUGUCAAGCAAACAGAGCAGCUUUCACGCAGCCAAAAGCUACUCACAGAUCUAGGACUGAUCAAAUCAGGCAGCAAUGGCACCUAUCAAAUAAUGCCCAUAGCCCAGCGAUCGUUAGAUAAACUGAUCGACUUAGUCCAGAGCAAUAUGCAACUGGCGGGCGGACAGAAGAUCAGUUUACCCAUCCUGACGCCCUCGGCUCUUUGGAAGAAGACAGGACGCCUGGAGGGGGACAUCUCCGAGUUCUAUAUGGUGCGAGAUCGCAGCGGGAAGCAAUUCCUAAUGAGUCCAACUCACGAAGAGGCGAUAACUGCCAUGUUGGCCACUACCUCACCCAUUUCCUACCGCCAGUUACCUCUGCGUCUCUAUCAAAUUGGUCCCAAGUUCAGAGAUGAGCUUAAGUCACGUUUCGGGCUUAUGCGAGCCAAGGAAUUCUUGAUGAAAGACAUGUAUUCGUUUGAUGUAUCGGAGGAAACUGCCAGGGAAUCGUACUCGGCUGUUAGCGAAGCCUACGAUAGGCUCUUCCAACAGCUUGAGGUUCCUUUUGUAAAGGUAAAUGCCGCCACAGGAAUGAUGGGUGGAAGCCUCUCCCACGAGUACCAUUACGUUUCCACAGUGGGCGAGGACUCCCUGGUCCAGUGCACCUCCUGCGGCUUCGCAGGUAACUCCGAGGUAUUGACUACCCCGGAAAACUGCCCAAGCUGUCAGAGCUCAAAUCUGAACGAAGUUCGUGGCGUGGAGAUAGCGCACACUUUUCUACUAGGUGACAAAUACUCCACGCCCCUAGGAGCCACCUUCCUCAAUACUUCUGGAAAACCUCAAUCAGUGAUAAUGGGAUGUUAUGGGAUUGGUAUUACCAGGGUUAUAGCAGCCGCCCUUGAAGUAUUCUCCUCCGAGCAGGAACUGCAAUGGCCCAAACUCCUGGCGCCCUUUGACGUGUGCCUAAUUGGACCCAAGCAGGGAAGCAAGGAGCAGCAGCCAGCAGAGGUGAUAGAAAACGAGUUGCUCAAUAGCGUGGGUCAGCUUUGUGGGCCCCAGGAACUUCUUCACGACGACCGCAAGGACCUAACCAUAGGCAAGCGUCUGCUAGAAGCGAAAAGGCUAGGACAUCCCCUAACCAUCGUUGUCGGUGGUAAAGCCAUUCAACAGGAUUCCCCCAAGCUGGAAGUGCAUUUCAAUGGGGGCGAUAAACUAGAGUUGGAUUUGAGCGAGACCCUCAAGCUUGUAGCCGAACAUAGUCGACACAAAAAAGAUCUACUUUUAGGUAAUUUCAAGAAGGAAGACGGAGCGAAAAAAAGUCAAGCAGUUGGCCAUCAGCUUUAGCUUUAUGCAAUAAAGUUAACAAUAACACAAAACUCAUCAGAA